GUCAAUGACACGGCUUGAUUGGUCUAUUAUAUAUAAAACACUUUCAAAUAAUAAAAAUUGUUCCUCCUCAUAACAUUAUCAGACAAUACAGCUUUCUAUACACAAACACAGCUUCUGGUUAUGGCUACCAACAAGACAUGCUCUAUGAAUCAUUUGUUGCUGCUAAUUUUCGCAUUCUUAUCCUGUCUGGGAUUCGAUUCUUCCCUCGUAGCAGGAGCAAGCACAAUCCAACGCGGCGAUGAACUCAACUCCUCUGCUAGUCUUCUUGUUUCUGAAGGUGGGAACUUCACCUUAGGAUUCUUCAAUAUCACCGCGACGGUUACCAGUUAUUUAGGAAUAUGGUACACCAAUGAUGACCAACAAAGGAGGGUAUGGAUUGCCAAUCCUAACACACCUUUGAACAGUUCUGGAGUUCUGACCAUUGACACCACAGGGAGGUUGAAGAUCAUGAGCGGAGGGAGUACUCUUGUGAAUAUCUCUGAUCGAGUUGGGACCGGAAAUGUUAGAGCCACACUCGAGGAUUCAGGUAACUUUGUGGUGAAGGAUGAAACUGAUAACAGCACUUUGUGGCAGAGCUUUGAUCAUCCUAGUAGCGUGCUAUUACCCGGUAUGAAACUCGGUUCUAACCUCACAACCAGGGAGAAUUGGACUGUGACAUCUUGGCUGAGUGAACAUAUCCCGGCUACCGGGGCUUUCACCUUGAGCUGGGAACCUACACAACAGUCCGGGCAGUUAGUCAUUCAGCGUCGAGGAGAGCGUUAUUGGACUAGUGGGGAACUGAAAGAUCAGAAUUUUGAACACAUGCCGCUGUUGAACUUGAAUCAAAAUUAUUCUGUUGACCUUCGCAACCUUAGUUAUGUUUCAUCUAGUGAUGGGAGCUACUUCACUUAUUCUGUUGUUGAUGAAAGGAUGUUGUUGUGGGACCUAUAUCCAAAUGGGCAUAUUGUUGACAGUGGUAGUGGUGCUGUCCUUACCCCAUAUGAGUUUUGUUACGGUUAUCAAUCAGACGAUGGUUGUGUGAACUCUACGGUGCCUGAGUGCAGGAGCCGUGGUGAUACGUUUCAGCAAAAGCGAGCAAACUUCAUAGGAAACCCUUCAACUUAUGAUCACAAUUCAAGUCUAAGUAUCAGUGAUUGUAUGGAAAAGUGCUGGAACGAUUGCAAUUGUGUUGCCUUCACCACCUCUAGCACUGGAGUAGGGUGUGUGUUUUGGGGUGGGAAUUUAAAAUAUACACUAGAUGAACCUAAUACUGCGAUAAAGUAUGUGCUAGUUCCAGCAAAUUCAUCCAAUGGAAGCAAGUGGUGGAUAUGGUUAAUUGUUGCUGUAGCAAUUUCUCUACUUAUACUUAGCUUGGGCCUGUUCUACUAUUUCAGAAGGAGAAAGCUUAGAAAUGAAGGGGAGGAGAAAAAAAUGCAAGAACAAUACUUAUUUGAGUUGACAGCUUCAGACAACUUUGACAAUGGAAAUGAUGCCGAAAACGAUGUGAGGGAAGGUCAUGAUUUGAAGAUAUUUAGCUUCGACUCUGUUGUGGAUGCCACAGAUGGUUUCUCAAAGGAAAAUAAGCUUGGAGAGGGUGGUUUUGGACCUGUUUACAAGGGAAGAUUGCCCAAGGGCCGAGAAAUAGCAAUUAAGAGACUUUCAAGAACAUCUGGGCAAGGACUUGUGGAGUUCAAAAAUGAACUUAUACUCAUUGCCAAACUCCAGCAUACAAAUCUUGUUCGACUACUGGGGUGUUGCAUUCAUGGAGAAGAGAAGAUGUUAAUUUAUGAGUACAUGCCCAACAAGAGCUUGGAUUUCUUCCUAUUUGACCAAGCUAAAAAGGAGCUAUUAAACUGGGAAAAACGUUUGAACAUCAUUGAAGGUGUCGCUCAAGGAUUGCUUUACCUUCAUAAAUUCUCAAGAAUGAGAGUGAUACAUAGAGAUUUAAAAGCUAGUAAUGUACUGCUAGAUGAAAACAUGAACCCUAAGAUAUCUGAUUUUGGGAUGGCAAGAAUUUUCAAGCCAAACGAAACGGAGGCAACCACUAACAGGGUUGUUGGAACGUAUGGUUACAUGUCUCCUGAGUAUGCCAUGGAAGGAAAUUUCUCAGUGAAAUCUGAUGUCUUCAGUUUUGGAGUGUUGGUCCUUGAAAUCGUGAGUGGUAGGAAAAAUACUAGCUUCUAUCAUCUUGAUCAUCCACUAAACCUAAUAGGAUAUGCAUGGGAGCUGUGGAAAGAAGGGACUGCAUUGGAAUUAAAUGAUCCAACACUAGGCAAUUCGUGCUCCGAACACCAUUUAUUGAGAAUCAUUCAUGUGGGACUUUUAUGCGUGCAAGAAAGUGCAGAGGAUAGGCCAACAAUGUCAGAAGUAAUUUCUAUGCUUAGCAAUGAAACUGUGCCUUUACCAGCUCCAAAGCAACCAGCAUUUUUCACAGGAAGAAGUGUGCCUCAGCCAAUUUCAUCAGAAACUAAUGAUAGUAGCUCAAAAGAUCAUUCAAUAAAUGGUUUGACCAUUUCUGAAAUGGAGGUGCGAUGAGUGGUAGAAACUUGUCCUUUUGAUUCUUCAAGUAUUUCGCAAUUGCUUUCAAUAUUGUAACUGCUUUUGUGCAGAGUUGAAGUAUAUGUCACGAUAACUUUUUCAUUGGACAAUAAGUUUGAGGUUUGUUUAUUAUCAAAAUGAUAUUAGUUUUUUUUUACUACAGCUACAUACAUGAUCAUUAUGAAAAUCAUGCACUUCUUUUUAUCAUAGUUCAAUUGGAGUGC